AACUCAAACUCAAACUUGAUUCAUCAAUUAAUUACAAAUUAAUUAAUUAUUCACAAAUCACAAUUUCACAAAGCUCCUUUUAUAUUUUCGUAACCAACACGAACUCAACACAAAGAAGAAAGAAACAACAAUGGAUUUUGAACUAAGAAGAGCGAGAGAGAAGAUAGAGAAAGAACAGAAAGAACGAAAAGAGAAAGCGAGAUUGAAACUUCAAAAAGAAAAGAAAGCGAAAGAAGAAGCUCGUAUUCAAAGAGAAGCCAUUGAAGCUGCUCAAAGAUCUCGUCGUAUUGAUGCCGCUGAAGCUCAACUUAAGGCUGAUCAAGAGAUGCAAGAAAACCUAAUUGCUGGGAGGGGAAUUGUUUUUUAUCGUUUACUAGAAGCUGUACCUUAUCAAGGUAGUGGGGAUAAGAUCAAAUUGCCUCCUUCUUGUUUUACAGACUUGUCUGAUCAUGGUGCUCUUGAUAAGGGACCAAUGUACUUUCAGUUAUCGUUAAUUCAGAAGAAAGACUCUUCAAGCAUUCAAGGUACUGAUGGAGAGAAAACAGGAACCACCCAUUCAGGAGUUUUAGAGUUCACUGCUGAUGAAGGGUCAGUUGGUCUUCCUCCUCAUGUAUGGAAUAAUUUAUUUUCUGAAACUUCUAUUAUAGAAUCUCCAAUGGUUGAAGUCCGCUAUGUCUGGCUUCCAAAAGGGACUUAUGCGAAAAUUCAACCUGAAAGAGCAGGAUUUUCUGAUUUGCCAAAUCAUAAGGCUAUCCUCGAAACAAGUCUUCGGCAGCAUGCUACUCUUUCUCAAGGUGACAUUUUCACUGUAAACUAUGGAGAACUUGAAUAUAAAUUAAGGGUGCUUGAGUUAAAACCUUCUUCAAGUGUAUCUGUGUUAGAAACAGAUAUUGAAGUUGACAUAGUUGAUCCAAUUGAAACCUCAGAACAGACUGAUCAACAUGUUUUAAUUCCAGUUGUAUUUGGGACAUCACAGACCGGAACAGUUGAUGAAGGAAAGUUUGUGUACUACAAAUUUUCAAUUGGCAAUGGCACCUGGGACAAAAUUUUGAGUGGGAGUUCUAUUAUUGAGGUAAAAUUAGAAUCAGAGACAAAUGAGGGAGACACUGAUCUUUUCAUUUCUAGACAUCCUCUUAUAUUUCCUACAAGACACCAACAUGAGUGGUCUUCCCAUGAUAUUGGAUCAAAGACUUUGAUUCUCAGCUCUAAGGAUAAAAACUUAGCUGCAGCGACUUACAGCAUUGGUGUAUACGGCUUUAAAGGAAUGACUAAGUACAAACUAUCGGUCAUGAUCCAGGAUAACUUCAACCAAAAAUUUGGUCAACAAGCAUCAUCUUCCAUGUCAUCAAUGGAAUUGGAUACUGAACAAUGUAGGAAUUGCAAGCAUUACAUACCUACUAGGACUAUUGCACUACACGAAGCUUACUGUAGCAGGCAUAACGUCACCUGCCAGCAUGUAGGUUGUGGAGUUGUUCUUAGAAUUGAGGAGUCCAAAAAUCACAUUCAUUGUGAUAGGUGUGGUCAAGCUUUCCAACAGGCAGAAUUGGAAAAGCACAUGAAAGUUUUUCACGAGCCAUUUCACUGCCCUUGUGGAAUAGUACUUGAGAAAGAGCAAAUGGUGGAACAUCAAGCAUCAGUUUGCCCCUUGCGGCUAAUUUCAUGUCGGUUUUGUGGUGAUAUGGUUCCAGCUGGAAGUUCUGCGAUGGACGUCCGUGACAGAUUAAGAGGAUUGUCAGAGCAUGAGAGUGUUUGUGGGUCAAGGACUGCACCCUGUGAUUCUUGUGGACGUUCAGUGAUGUUGAAGGAGAUGGACAUCCACCAGAUUGCUGUUCAUCAAAAAGGCUAAUUCUUAUGUGCUCACAGCUUUAGCUUAUCUUAAAAAUAACUUGCGUUGUUUAGGAAUGCAUCUGGGGUAAUCAUAUAGAACUUAAAAGAAAGAUUGGUAAGUCGAAAUGCUUGUUUGUAUGCAUGUUGAGCUUGCUGUGGAUGUAUGACAUUGUUGAUUGUCAUUCAAUGUGCACCAAAUUAUGAUUCUUUGUAGAAAAUGUUUCUUUGAUAUCUUAAAGGAACCACAUGCAAGUGAGUUUGUUGUCCAAAUUAUAACAUUUAUUUUAUUAGAUAAAUCCAAUGUAUUUUAUCAGAAGUUGUGAAAUUGUUAAUGGUCAA